CAAAUAUGCCUCCUCACGUUCCUCGUUUCCUAUCCCUGCAGUUAAUUUUUGCCGCUAAAAAAAAAACCUCGGAACUAGAAGUCGGCUACUGCCUUUCUCAUUGGAGUUUAUUAAAAAAAAAAAAAAAAAUUGAAUAGAAAGAAGAGGAUUGAAGGGUACUUUGAAGGAUGAAAGAAAGGGAAAAAGGAAUAGACAUGGAGAAGAGAAGAAGAAAGCAUAUCGAAGAGAAGGAAACAGAACCAUAUCGGAGGGGAUUGCGUUUUGGUUACAUUACUCUUCAAAAUCGCAUCAACGAAGAUAGAGAAGAUAUAGCAAGCGCCAAUUCAAGCAAGUUUGUCAGCAUCAUCAAUGAUGUGGAAAAGUUGCAUGAGCAGGUUGUCAAGCCGAGAGAGCAAGUUUCCGAUGCUGAGGUUUUGCUUGGGCUCACAAACACAUUGUUCAAUGCUGCUAAAUCGCAUGGUCUUGGAUCCAUUACCCCUUCAGAUUUUGUUACUUCACUAAUAAAACAGUUUGGGGUGGGUAAUGUUGGAGAAUCGGAGAACAUUACAAAUACACUUCGUUGGAAGGAUAUUGGCAUUGCUGCUACUCCAAUCUUCAAGAAAGCGAGAGGAUGUUUAACCAUGAUUGGACCUAUGGAAAAUUUGUUCUUGAAGCAAAGGAAAGUAUAUGGCCGAAGGAGACAAGAAGCAAAACUAUGUAUAAUACCAAAAGAGGUUAGUAGUGCUGUCGAAGAAGUCGAUCUGAACACGGAAAAGAAUAUCGCCGUGAUGUUUGGUAUCUUGAGGAAACACAAAACCCUUAAGCUUGAACAUCUCAUUCUCAAUCGGCAUUCUUUUGCUCAGACAAUUGAGAAUCUCUUCGCACUGUCUUUCUUGGUAAAAGAUGGACGGGUUGCAGUAAAAGUGGAUGAUGUUACUGGCUCUCAAAUAGUUUCUGCCAGAAAUGCUCCCUCUCGCAAUCGAAUAGUGUCAGAGGAGGUGAAGUACCGUCACUUCGUUUUUAGGCUUGACUUUCCUGAUUGGAAGCUGAUGAUUGAUCAUGUCCCCGAGGGACAAGAGCUGAUGUCACACAGGAGCGAUUCAGAGACGUCCCAUGAAGAAAAGCUCAAACCGAAGGAGGCUGACCAAGGGUUCUUGGGCUCAGGAGGACAGAUGAUGACUGAUCAUCCUUCUGGUUUCACCGGAGAAGAAGAGUUUGAAACGAAGAUGGUUCUUCAAAUUGCAUCGGAAUCUGACACACAGCACAAGGCCUAA